AUGAAACCGCACAAAAAGUUCAAUAUUAUCCUUGGUACUGAGAAUGGCUUGACAGUGACACCUGCACGUGCCUCGAAAGUGAUAGAAGUGACUCACGUGUUCUCUCUUGGAGAUGGCGUAUACUCAGCAGAAAUUGGUGCCAAUAGUAUCUGUCUUCACGAUACAAACACAUUGUGCUACAUUGAAAUGGGCGAAAUGUCAACCUACUGUGAAUUUUAA